GUCUUCCUGUGCGCCAUGUUUUUCAGCAGGAGUGGGGUGAUGUUUUAGUGAGAUAUAAUCAAAAGUGGGCUAAUCCUGCGCUCGGUUCAUAUUUCACCAGACGAUCUUCAGUGCAGUAAGGAACGCGGAUUGAGCGCAUCCUGGUUGCUUCAUAUGAUGAAGUAGGCGAUUCCAUACUGCGCGCCUUCCAGUGACGCCGGAAGAAAACGGACGCACGCACGCAGACAUCCAUCCACUCAAUCGCUGCUCUGUGGCAGAAUAUUAAAGGAUCAGCAAAAUGUAUCAAAUUCCAGUGAAGAACCUCACAAAACUCAGACGACCAAGGAAACGCGUCAAACGUAUUUUGUGUGACAUCGGGAAGCAGCAGUGCCAAGAUUUAAUGGAGACAUAUAAAUGUUUUGAUGCUGGUGAAGCAAGUUUUGACAACACGGAAUGGGAUGAUUUCACUGAUGGUCAUGUUGGAAAAAAGAAAAAAAAGUAUCCAUACCGGAGCCAAGCUCUGUGCUGCAGUCUGUGUUGGUACUCCAGCCGGUCAGUACCCAUGUUCAGAAGUCACAUCCAUCGCUAUCACUGUAAAGAUCUGAACGUGGCCUGUUUGUUAAUGUGCCCCUACUGCCCAUUUGUCAGCUCUCCGAAAGUCACAGAGCAACACAUUCAGUUUUUCCACAUGCUGCCAUCAAAAGCCCAUCGUAUAUCUCUCCAAAGCAACCCCAGCCAUACUUUGGCUCACGCACCGAAAACUGUGUCAGUUACAGUCUCAGCAGAUGCCGCCGAUGACAGAUACACGUGUUCAACCUGCGGCUAUCAUGACUCUUUACUAUACGUGAUGAAGAAACACGUCUUGGUAAACCACUAUGCUACUAUGCUGGAUCGCUUCUUCGGGCUCGGGUCGGACAAUACCCAAAAGUCUGGCGGUGUGCAGAUACGGGAUGGCACACCAAUGAAAUAUCACUGCAAAGUGUGCAAACUGCCAGCAGAGACCAUUGAACAUUUACUUUAUCACAUUUUAAGUUCAGAGAAGCACAAGGACCUGCACUGGCAAAUAAUGCCUUGCAUAAUCGAAAAAGACGGCAUGAAUCAAAUGACCGGAUUGCAGAAUCUGCUGAGCCUCGCUCCAAAAGCGAUGCAGCAGGUCACGUUACUUGCAAGACCGAAUUACAUGCCUCAGCAGGUGCAACAUACAAAUGGAAACGGUACGGUUCUUCUGGCUGGCCCAAGUAACGCUUUGUUUUGCUCUCCUGGUGCAGGACAGAUGUUUCUGUCCCCACAAACGCAAGCUUUGCUGUCGGGCACGUCUUUGGCUGCACUUCAGAAUGCCCAGCCUCAGCAGUCCCCCGGCGGGAUGCCGCAAGUCCUGCCUACCUCUCCAGGUAAUAUGGUGAUGCCAAACAUGCCGCAAAGUGCACCCAACACGGUACCCAUCACUAUGUCCAUUCCCAGGCUACCACAAACCCAGCAGGCACAGCAGGUUCUUCUUCCGCCUGGCAUCCAGGUCAACCUCCCGGGCGAAAUGGGUGUUCGUUCACCAUUUCUUUAUACGCAAGGUCUUCAGCUGAAUCAGUCAGUUCCCAGACCUCCUCUCGUAGCCUCGCAGUCUGUGCGUCUCAUUCCCACAGGAAACAACGUCAAUGGUGUGCCAACAUACACUCUAGCACCUGUUCAAGUCACCGUUCCGGUCCAUGGCGGUCCCGCUCAAAUGGUAUUGACGCAAAACCAGAUCAGCCAGCCUUCAAAUGCAGCGGUGGUGCCUGCUGGUCUCAUGCCUACAGUUCAGAGGGCGAUAAAUAGAAAUUCGACGCCAAAUGAGCUGGCGGUAAUCGCGCCGUUUUUGAAGAAACAUGAUCAACACACGGUCAAGUGCCUAAAGUGCAAGAUUUUACUGACAGAACAGGGGAUUUUCCAGCAUUUGUUGCAUGGCUUGAAGUGUCUGUUCUGCCCUCAGAUGUUCUACUCCUUCAAGCAGAUCAUGGAGCACACCAAUAAAGAUCACAGUCUGAAAAUCAAGGAAAACCGCCAUUUCAUAAAAGAACAGUUUAAUCUCGACUGUGACGACAAAGGCAAUCUUAUGUUCAGCACUUUCAAUCUGAACACAGAUGUGCCCAAAGAUCUUCUUGACAACCGCGAGCUUAACCUCGCCCUGGUCACCAGCGCUCAGGACAAGCUAUUCAUAAAAAUGUAUCCAGACAAGGCCGAAUACGCAACCGCGUUGAAGGUGCCACCUACCGCUUGCCCUUUUUGUCAAGUAAAGCUCCAGAACUCUGAAGACUACGAGCUCCAUCUUCAAACAAAACACCACAUCGUUCCCACCAUUCAUGCCAUACUAAAAACACCUGCUUACAAAUGCAUUUAUUGUUUUGGGGUGUAUGCCGAAAAAUCGACACCGAAAACCAUCUCCAUUCAUGUGCAACGGUGUCGCUGUGCUCCCAAAGCGGUCAAGGAAGCAGAGAGGAAGCUGAACCCAGAUACAGCCGAACACCUUGAUGGUGAUUUAUGUAGUUCUGUUCAGAUGGCCAGUUCUUCAGACACGGCUGUUCAGGGGGGUGUUGAAAUUGCCAAGCCAAAGAGAGAAAUAACCACUCCGAAGAACAGAAAAAGGAACUCGAAAGCUCCAAAGGUAGAAGUCCCUGAAACUCCAGUUGAACUCGUCUUGGAACCAAUGGGGAUGGAGAGGACAUCUUUCGAGGACAGAAAAGACUUCCUUUCACAGUACUUCCACAGAAAGCCAUACGUGACGAAGACCGAAAUCGAACUGCUCGCUUCCCGUUUGUGGAUAAACAAGGCUGAUGUAAAGGCUCACUUCAACAGCAAGCUCACCAAGUGCUUGAAAGCAAUUCAGAAGAAGAGGGUUUGCGUACGUCUCGGGUUCAAAAUGAUUGAAGUGAACAAGGUGAAGCACAACCUCUUCAUUCCGGAGGCAAAGCCUGCUAAAAAAAAAGAUGAAAUGGUGAACCAUGACAGCCUUGUUCCAGAGGUAACUGUUAAAACAGAGGACGUGAAUGAAAUUAAACAUGACCUCUUCAUCCAAGAGGUGAAUAUUAAAAAAGAGGUCGAGGACGUGAAUGAAGUGGGCAUGACCUCUUCAUCCAUGAGGUAACUAUUAAAAAAGAGGAUGUGAGUGAAAUGGAACAUGACCUCUUCAUUCCACAGGUACGGCCUCUGUAAAAAAUAGCUAACAUGUUUGUUUGAUCAAUUGUGUUUGUAUUCCGCAUGUUCACACUAGGACGUAAACCAUUGCAAACUGUUUAUUUAAAGUUACUUGAUUUACACAUUUAUAAGAUGGUUUGCCUCUUGGCAUUAGUCUAUGGAAAAAGGGGAACCUACAGCAAUGCUGAAAGACUCUACAGUUUUGUAUUUUUGUUGUAUAUAGUUCAUAUGAUGAUGAUGAUGAUGAUGUUUAAAAGUUUCUUUUAUCACAUAUCUUUAUUGCAAGAAAGAAAAGACCCAGUUUCCCAUUUAUAUUAAAAUCCUACUUUUCUGGACACUUGUACUAUACAUUUGGGGAUGUCUAGUGAUAUAGUUCUGCAUUUAACGUUUUAUAUUAGAACCGUAAAGAUAAUGAAGGCUUGGCUAAUUAUUACUACUAACUGGCAAAUUAGGCAGCAAUUCAUAACUGUAUCACCAAAAGGAACAUUUUACGGUGUUUUCAUGUUUUUUCUCUUUCAUAUAAUACACUGUAAUCAUUUCAGACAUGUGAAAAAAAGACAAGUGCCUCCGUGUCCUAUUUAAAAUUUGCAGUUGUAUUUGCCUCUUGGAAUAAACGUGACUAAAUAUUA